AUGGCUCCUAAAACAAAAUCAUCCAAGACCACUCCGGUUCCAAAAGUGUCCUAUAAGGACAUGAUCAAAUCGGCAAUUGUGACCUUGAAGGAAAGAAACGGUUCUUCUCGCCAAGCCCUCAAGAAGUAUGUUCAGUCCAACUAUAACCUCACUGCUGGCAACUUCGAUGCCCUCUUCAACACUGCGUUGAGAAAGGGUGUGGAGGCCGAAGAGUUCGUGCAACCAAAGGGCCCAUCUGGACCUGUCAAAUUAGCCAAGAAGGUUCCCGUUCUUGAGGCCAAGCUCGCUAAGGUGACCAAGUCGUCCAAAUCCCCUACCAAGUCGGAAGCCAAGGUCACCAAACCAAAGGCUACCAAGACCAAGGCAAAGGCCACCAAAGAGACCAAGCCAAAAGCAACCAAGACCAAGACGGCGCCAAAGGCCAGUAAGGCCAAGGCCGUGAAGGCAGAAUCCAAGACCACGGCUAAAACCACCAAAACCACCGCCAAAAAGGCUCCUAAGAAGGAGACCAAGGCUACCAAAACCACCAAAUCUACCAAGGCAGCCAAGGUGACCAAGCCUAAGUCUGCACCAAAGACCACCAAGACCACCAAGACCACCAAGACCACAAAGGCUGCCCCUAAGAAGGUCACCAAGAAGGCUGCUGGAAAGGUCACCAAGCCUGCCACCAAGAAGGCUGCCCCCAAGAAGGUCGCUGCCAAGAAGACCGCCAAGAAGGCCGCUAAGUAG